AUGUCUCGUAGGGCGCCAACAAGGUGGUGCCGUGAGGCCCUUCUAAAACCCAGCAGACCUCAUGCCGAAGCCGGCGAAACAGCCGUUGUUGGAGACACAUGCCGCAUCCAGGUCACGAAACUCGCCUGGCAGGCGCCCACAGACAACUUCUCGACCCCAAAGGACUCGAAUGUCUGCGACGGACAUCGCGAAUUUUCCAAGUUCAAAUCAGCACACUUGACAGUCCGCGGCGGCCUUGAACCUACUAGGAUUCCUUGGGCGGAAACUAAUCCGGGAAUGCACUGCCGCUCCCCGGACGCGAUGGGGCUCUUGGCGCUUCUCCGCAAAGACCGAUUCUGUUCUCGAUGUCUACGAGUGAGCCAGCUUAAACGGAAGCACAAGCAGUUCCGUUCUCUGGUAGACAAGAAGCUCUACUGCGACGGCUGCAAGACCAAGCACCCGGCGGGGCUGUUCUCGGCGACUCAGAGGCGUAUGAACUGGAGUUGGUGGAAGGGCAGCACCCGUGUCUGCAUCGCGCACGAAGGCUACAUUCGAGCGUGCCAGCAUGUCAUGAUCCGCUGGAGCGAUAUCGAAAGCUGGGGGGCCCAAAAUGGACUCCACGAUACGGGAGAGGCGCAAUUUCUCAUUCCGUGGACUAAUACAAAGAGGUCGUAUAUGGUUAGAAAUCGCCUGGAUCGCCCACGUCGCAACUCCGUCAAGGACAUCGGCAGUGCCAACGGCCGAGACGAUGCGCCAAAUCGUCGAAAGCACUCACCAGGACGCAGGACAAUUCCCGGUCCCCCAACUAUCAUAUGGCGGUUGCUCACCACUCAUGGCUGCCGUCGGUCCUAA